AUGAACGACGUUAUAGUACGCAUCGACGAAGGCGUAAACCCAGACGAUAAACUGGACCAAUCAAAUUGUUGUGAAGUUAGAACGAGCCAAUCAAAUGAACGGAAAAGGUUACUCGCGGCCGGUGAGAGUGGCACGCGCAGCGGUGUGUUUGCAUCGAGAAAUCAGGAUAGUAUGG